ACGAGCACAUUUAAUAAAAUCUUAUUAUUGUUGAACUUUUGUGCUUGUUCUUUGUAAUAACUUUAUUAUAUUUAUUAGUUUAAACUUUGUGUUAUAAAACAUCUAGUCUCUAUUUUUGCUUUUCUAAUUUAUAAAUAAAAUUAUAUCAUAUUUUUUUAAAUAUGCCUUUUUUUAAGGUUAAAGUUAAAUGGGGAAAGGAAGUAUAUCCAGAUGUGGAAGUUAAUACAGAGGAACCUCCUCUUGUUUUCAAGGCACAGUUAUUUGCUCUAACUGGUGUAAAUCCAGUCCGACAAAAAGUUAUGAUGAAAGGAGGGACCCUUAAAAAUGAUACUUGGGGAAACAUUCAAAUAACAGAUGGUCAAACCAUAUUAAUGAUGGGCAGUAAAGAUGAAGAUGUGCCUAUAGAGCCAACUGUUAAACCUAUGUUUGUUGAGGAUAUGACUGAAACACAAUUGGCAUCUGUUUCUAAUAUGCCUGCUGGUUUGGCUAAUUUGGGAAAUACAUGCUACUUAAAUGCCACUGUUCAAUGUUUGAAGACUGUUCCAGAAUUAAGGCUAGCAUUAAAAGAUUUUAAUAUAACUCCUCAGUCAUCAUUAUCAAAUUUUGCAUUUGCCGAAAAAAUUACUAUAGCAUUAAGUGAUUUGUAUAAAUCUAUGGAAAAAAAUCAAACUAUUCCACCUAUUGUUUUAUUACAAGUAUUGCAUCAAGCUUUUCCAAGAUUUGCUGACAAAGUAGAAGGACAUUAUAUGCAACAGGAUGCAAAUGAAUGUUGGGUUGAACUUGUACGUAUGCUUCAGCAAAAAUUACCACCAUUGAAAUGUAAAACUAAUGAAAACCAAGUUAUAAGUUAUAAAAAUGUUAUUGAUCAAUUUUUUGGAGGAACUUUCAGUGUAGAGUGGAAGUGCACAGAAAGUGAUACUGAAGAAAUAUCGAAGACUUCAGAAUCUUUUCUACAAUUAAGUUGUUUUAUUUCACAAGAUGUCAAAUACAUGCAUUCUGGAUUAAAAAAUAGAAUGCAAGAACACAUAACUAAACAUUCUCCUGUCCUUGGAAAAGAUGCAGUGUAUACAAAAACGUCAAAAAUUAAUAGACUUCCAGCAUAUCUUACUAUUCAGUUUGUCAGAUUUUUCUACAAAGAAAAGGAUAGAAUUAAUGCAAAAAUAUUAAAAGAUAUUAAAUUUCCUAUUGAUUUUGAUGCUUUUGAUUUAUGUACUCCAGAAUUACAAGAAAAACUGGUACCCAUAAGAAGUAAAUUCAAAGAAUUAGAAGACAAAAUGGCUGUUGAAGGUAUAAAACCAGAUCCAAAAAAUUUGGCAGAUUCAAAGGCAGAAAAACCUACAGCCCCUUAUUGGUUUGAAAACGAUUAUGGCUCUAACAAUUCUGGUUAUUAUACUCUUCAAGCAGUUUUAACUCAUAAAGGAAGAUCUAGCUCUAGUGGUCAUUAUGUUGGUUGGGUGAGGGAGUCUCCUAUGUCUAAUAAAUGGAUAAAAUGUGAUGAUGAUACUGUAACACCUAUAACUACUGAAGAAAUACUAAAGCUAUCAGGAGGGGGAGACUGGCAUUGUGCAUACGUAUUACUUUAUGGGCCGAAACUCUUGCAAAUGGAACAUGUCACCAAUUCGUAAAUUAAUAUUUUUAUAAUUAUAAUACUGAUAACAACUCAAUAAAAGAUGUUUAUUAUUUUA